UUUCCUUAUCAUUUCACUAGCUUUCAUACCAGCCAGUCAGUGUCAACGUCUGUUGUCUGCCAGACCCGCCAUUAUCUGUUCAACAUGAAUUUUCUUACUGCCGUUGUUGCUGUCGUUGUGCUGGAAGUAUGUUGCGCACACCUGUGCAUGAUUAGUCCUCCACAACGAGGCUCCAUGGUCAACCUCAACAAGCCGGGUUCCAACGAUUGCGUUUUGACUACACCCAGGUGUGGCGGAAGACCACGGGGCAGGCCCGAAAUGGGACUCCGGAGGGGACAAAACUUCACCGUGUCAAUCCAGAAAAAUCUUGACCAUUAUGUGAAGGCAACGCCAGGAAGUUUCACCGUUUCCAUUGGUUCUGAGAGAGGAGGUACCCAACUCAACGUGUUGGCCACCAUUCCUGAUGCCGGAGAACCAUCCCUGAGCGUAUACUCUGUCAAUGUCACCAUCCCUAUGGACCUUACACCAAAAACAGAGUAUAUCAUGCAUUCCGCCUAUCUCACGAACAAUCCCCAGGCACCACCGGAGUUCUUCCAGUGUGCAGACAUUAUGAUCAACGAAUAAGGCAACUAUAAAUGACCAUGGUGUGGGUCCAGCCCUGGACAAACAGUAGUGAGUGUGACUGCCGCUACAAACGUACACUGGUGGGAUGACUUGAUUUGCUGGUUUGUUGUACGAAGAUUGUUAUUUAAAUGUAAUAAAUUAUUAAUGAAAAAUGAA